AUGAAGGCCAACUUUCUGGCACUCGGUCUCUUUGGCCUGGCUGGCGCCUCGGCCGUCCUUCCUCGUGAGGACAAGAGCUAUCAACCCGAGAAGAAGUAUGACUCCUACGAGCCUGAGAAGUAUGACUCCUACGAGCCUGAGAAGAAGUAUGAGUCCUAUGAGCCCGAGAAGAAAUACGAGGAGAAAAAGUACAAGUCGUACGAGCCCGAGAAGAAGUACGAGGAGUACCCUAAGAAGGAGUACAAGGAGUAUCCCGAGAAGAAGCCAAAGAAGUACGGGUCGUACAAGGAUGACUACCCCGUAAACGACGAGUACGCGGACGAGCACGACUAUGAGGAUGGGUACGACUACAAGAACCAGAAGGGCUACGAGAGCACCUGGAAGCCAAAGUCGAAGAGCCCCGAGUUUUUCAACCUCCGCAUCGAUGAGAAGUGCGACGUAGGCCAGCUUCCCAGCGCCUGCCCCUUCAACGGCUACGCCAUCCGACUUGAGGGCGGUAUCUUCAUUGCUACUCCUUACAACAAGUGGUGGGACCCCAAGCUCCCCACCUUCUUUGUUGAUGAUGACACACAGCUGUACACUGUCAGCAAGGACCCUCUGCAGGUCUACAUUGAUGGCAUCACAGGUGCUCUCAAGUACACCAAGAUUGGCUGGCUCCCACCUAACGCCAUUGCCAUCAGCUUCUACCACACUGGUAACAACCCUCUUGGCAUUGUCGGACCCAGCCCCUCCCAGCUCAGCUGGCCCAGCACUGUGGGCGCCAGCUUCUUCGGUUACCCUUGGACUCUCUGCCCUCUCGGCAGUACCAAGCAGUACCAGGUAUUCAUCAACGGCGAGAACUUCGGCAUGGGCGGUCCCGCAGGUAUCACGAAGGACACCUACAAAUGCGCCGCUCGCAACCUUGCCGCAGUCAACGCCAACCCUUGGAAGCAGGAUUCCAGCCCCGCCUACUACCCUCAGCCAUACUAGGAGGGCUAACGAACGCUUUGCAGCACGUAUCACUACCCGCGGUCAAGCAGCAUUGUUCAAGGAGUCUCAUGCUUGUAGUUUACUUUCUUACCUUCCCUCCGUAAUUGCCCCCUACAGAUCCUUCAUGUUUUCCAAGUUGUAUUUUAGGUCAAAUUGAAUAUGAGUGCGGUUCCAUAGACAGCCAAUCUGAGUUCUGUUGCGUU